GUGGCGCGGCUCCGCUGUCGCAACGAGGAGGAGACGGGAGGAGGGAGGCCCCCUCCAUCGCAGCUUAUCCGGGCUGGGAGUUCUAAUUGUGGCGAGAGCACGCGUUGCCCGAGGCUGUUGGUGGCGGUAACGAGAGUUAAUAGAGGACGAGGGGGGAGGAGGAGGACGCUUCGCGUCGUCUCUCCUCACGCAGCCGCGGCACCGUUAUUCCUCACCACCACCGUCAUAGUCCGCGCCGAUUUCGUGCGUGCUGAGGUGAUCGCCACCUCGUCAAGGUCGGUCGGUCUCACCCGACGUGAGAUUUGUGUUUUCAUUCAAAAAUUAUUUGAACGCCACACACGAGGAGCGGGGAGGAAGGAGCAAUGCCGCCGGCGGGAGAGGCCUGGCCACGCCGCGGCGACCGCCUCAUCGGUCGCCGCCGUCCGACUCGUCCUGGACUGCCGCUGUUUCUGUCGGCGCUGCUGUUGCUGCUGUUGGCGAGCGGGACCGAAACGUCGAAACUGAACGUGCCCAAGAUCCUGCUGCCGUACGCGGGCGCCUCGCAGAUCAACUAUACCUUGGAGGCGGAGAGCGGCUGCUACAGAUGGCAGUCGUCCCGGCCUGAGGUUGCGAGCGUGGAGGCCGUGUACAGUACCGACGAUGCAGGGCAGCGGUGCUCCAGCCGCGCCGUGGUGUCGGCCCGCGCCGCCCAGCACACCCGCCUCACCACCAUCGUCAUUGCUGAGGACACAGUGUCGGGCCAAGUUUUACGGUGCGAUGUGAUCGUCGACACUAUCCAGCACAUCCAGAUCGUCUCGACAACGAGAGAACUCUACCUCGACGACUCUCCACUGGAACUCACCAUCCAGGCCGGCGACCGCGAGGGAAACACGUUUACCACCCUUGCUGGGCUGCAGUUUGAUUGGACGACCAUCAAGGAUGAGGAGGUGCUGUCCACUGCCGAUGGACACAAUGCCUUGCGAUUUCUCCGGUUCUCCGAGGCGGCGUACCGGCCACCGGCCUACAUCCUGGAGAUGGAGAGGAAAGGCCGGCAGGGCGACCGCAUGCUCGUGUCUGGCCUCAAGACGGGCAGCGCCCGCGUCAAGACCAAAAUACGAGAGCCCCUGUACAAGGGUGUGGAGGCGACCGAGGUGCGCCUCGUCAUUCUGGAGAGCAUCCUGCUGAGCCCCGCGCACGACGUGUACCUCCUCGUGAACACACACAUCCACUACCGCGUGCUCAAGGUCAAGCAGGGCCGCCUCAUUGACAUCCCGAUGCCAUCGGAGCAGUAUGAGCUGCAGCUGCAGGGCCCGGUGACAAAGAAUGGGCCUGUGGCCCGGCUGGAUGUGCAGACCUCCGUCCUGGUGGCCCAGAAUCUGGGGCAGACAAGCCUCCUCCUUGUGCACAAGAACAUUCGCAUGCAGGGUGUCUCGCGUCUCCCCAACUCCACUGUCUACGUGAUCGAGGCCGCCUUCCUCGGUUUUCUGAUCGAGCCGGGAGAGCACUGGGUGUUGGAAGUGGGGCGUGAGUAUUGGAUCACGGUGGAAGUGUUCGACAAGAAUGGCAACCGUAUUCACCUGACCGACAAUGUGCGCAUCGAGACAACGUUCCCGAAGAAAUUCUUCAACGUCCUGGAGUCAAACCUGAAUGGGUCGCAGCAUCGCGUGCAGGCCCUCCACCGGGGACAGACUGAGGUCAAGGCCAUUCUCGCCCACGUCCUGGCCCCGAAUGGAAAAUCGCUGGCUCUCCCGCAGACAAUCUCAAACCAGCAGGAGGUGGAGAUUUUUGACCCUAUAGUUCUGCAGCCGCCCCUUCUCAUCUACCCGUGGCAGCCCAGCCGCGUGCAUUACCACUACACGCUCAAGGCUGAGGGCGGCAGCGGCAACUUCAGCUGGUCAUCGACUGAGACGGAGGUGGCCACGGUGACGGUGCGGGGGCUGCUAACGACAGCAGAUGCGGUGGGGACAAGUGUAAUCCGUGCCAGGGAUGUGCAGAACCCUCUCCAUUUUGGCAGCAUGAAGGUGCGCAUGCUGGAGGUGGUCCUCUUGGAGUUUGGCCGCUCGAAGCUGGAGGCGCGCGUGGGUGGGGUUCUAGAGCUGCCGGUGCGUGCCAGCGGCUUGGUGGACCCGGCCACACGCCAGACCAUGAUGUUCUUCGACUGCUCGCAAAUGCACUUCACCACCGACCUCGCCAACACGGCCGUGUUUCAGGUCGUCGAGGGAAACCUGCCUCCGGGUAAUGGUUACUGUAUGGCGGUGCGUGUGCGCGCCCUCUCGGCCGGACACACGACGAUCAGCAUCUCCUACACGCACGGCACCACUCAUCUCCACGACUCCAUCACCAUCGCCGCUUACUUGCCGCUGAAGGUGGUGGACCCGAUCUCCGUGGCCCUUGUCACUCUGGGGGCCUCCAAGGAGGUGGUGUUUGAGGGCGGGCCCCGGCCCUGGGUGCUGGAGCCAUCCAAGUUCUAUGCACGACUGGACGCUCAGGACGAGGACCUUGUCACGAAGCACGCGGUGGGCUACGGCGAGCAGCAGUGGCACCAGCGCCACACCUUCAGGGUGUUGUGCACCGCGCUCGGAGAGCAGGCGCUCACGCUGACGGUGGGGAACCACGAGAGUGCAUCAAACCCGCUGCCCGCAGAGGAGUGGACGCACACGCACUUUGUGUGCGCGCGCCCCGCUUCACUCAGCCUGGCGCCCGUCUACUUGCCCACGUCCACAGGCCGUCCAUGCCCACUCACCCAGCAGAAGCGGCAGCUGGUGCCCAUGUCCAACCACCGCGACGCGCAGCUGCUGCUGGUGGCGCUGGACCAGCAGGGCGAGCACUUCGACAACUUCAGCUCGCUGGCGUUGGAGUGGUUCUCCUCGGACGCGAACCUCGCCUCCUUCCCCGAGUCCUCCACGUUGCUCCAUUUCCAUGAGGAGCAGCAGCAGCAGGGCACUGGCCAGGCCCUCGCAUACAGUGUGCAGCGGGUGACUACGCACCGUAAGAAAGGGACCGUCACCAUCAAGGUCUCCGCCAGCACGUACUCGGACCACCUCCUGCGGGAGACCCUCGCUCGGAAAGAGGACCUAACACUGCCGACCGUCUCAGCCUCCAUCGAGCUGCUCCUCGUGGAGGACGUCAGCAUCUCCCCGAACAACCUCACCAUCUUCAACCAUCCUGAAGCCAAGGUGACACUCACGCUGAGCGAAGGUUCGGGGUUCUUUCACGUCAACGCCAGCGGCAACGACGUCAUGCAGAUAAAUCACCAGGAUGUCAACGCUGUGCAGGUGGUGCCCCUACAGCCCGGCACUCUGUCCCUGCUGGUGCUCGACCUGUGCCUGGCUUUGCCGUCGUCUGCCCGUGCAGAGGUCCGAGUCUCCAACAUUCAAGAGCUCCUCAUCGACGUCCUCGACAAGGUGGAGAUUGGCAAGGCGGUUCGUGCAUACGUGCGGGUCCUGGAUCACCAGCGGAAGCCCUUCCUGUCCCAGUUUCUCCGUCACAUGGGACUCAAGCUGACGUCUGCCUCGAACAUCCUGAAUUUGGAACCCUUGCUGGAGGCCCCUGAUGACGUGUCGGUGGCGUACCUGGUACAUGGGCUGGCGGUGGGGCAGACCACGCUCACCGCAUCGGCUCGGGAUCGCACUGGCCGCAAGAUCAACGCCAUGCCCAAGGAGAUACAGGUGUUUCCUCCGUUCAAGUUGUCCCCACGCAAGCUGGUGCUGCUGAUUGGAGCCAAGAUGCAGGUGAUGUCAGAGGGUGGACCCCAGCCUCAGUCAAACCUCGUGUUCAGACUGGAGAACGGCACAGUGGCGCGCGUUGGCUCGGCGGGCCAUGUCACGGCGGUGACCUUGGGCACCACGCGCUUGCUCGGCUCCAUCCAGGCCACCGAUCCCGACAUGCGGAAGGUUGUCGUCUUCUCACAGGACGCAGUUGACGUGGAGGUGGUUCCCCUGCGCGGUGUGCGCAUCCACGUGCCGCUCACUCGCAUCAUGACCAGCUCACUGAUGCCGGUGUACGUGACGGGGCUGGGGAGCGGGCAGACCCCCUUCUCGUUCGGCAGCAUCCGUCCAGCAUUCACCUUCCACUGGAGCGUCAGCAAGCGCGACGUGCUGGAACUACGUGGCCGCCACUCGGAGGCGUCGCUGCAGCUGUCGGAACGGCACAGCUUCUCGCUGGUUUUGCGGGGCCGCGCCCAGGGCCGCGUCGUACUCAAGGUUACUGUGAGGGCCACAGACCCUAAGGCUGGCCAGUUUGAGGGCGGCGUCCGGGAGCUGACGGACGAGGUGCAGAUCCAGGUGUUUGAGAAGCUGGAGAUCACAAACCCGGAGGGUGACACGCGCCAGCUGCUCCUGUCUCCAAAGGCCACGUUCCCCCUGCACACCAACAGGGACGCGGUGUCCCGCGUGAGCUACCGCGUGCUGGACUGCCCCCUGGGUGGGUCCGUCGUUUCGGUGGACGAGCAAGGACUCGUCACGGCGUGCGCUGCGACCGGCGUCGCCAUCGUCGCCGCCACCGCCCAGGAGCCCUUUGGCCUCAAUCAGACGGCGGUCAUCGGUGUACGGGUGGCGGCGGUGGCAUAUGUGCGUGUGAGCGUGGCGCUGCCGCUCUACACGUUGGGCCGCGAGCCGCUGCCGUACUUCCCACUCGGGGCCUCGCUAGCGCUCGUCGCUCACCUGCACGACAACACAGGGCAGGUGUUCCACUCAGCCAGCCUGGCGCUACGCUGCACCCUCAACAGAGACGACCUGGCGCAGGUGCGGCCCGGCUCGGUUAACAACACGUUCGUGGCGGCGGUGGGCGGCUUGGGCUCCACCGUUCUCUCGGUGUGGGACCCUGACCUCCCCGGCCUGGCCGACUUCCUGCCCCUGCCCGUGGGUCACGCUAUCGGGCCUGCCGAUGGCCUGGCGGACGUCUCGCUUGGUGACGUCAUUUGCUUGUCGACGGCUCUCACGGCCCAGGACGGCUCCUCUGGUGUGUGGAGUUCUUCGGAUGAGUUGCUUCUCUUCGUGGACGCGCACACCGGAGUUGCAGUCGCUAAGGACGUUGGGACGGUCCACAUUUACUACGAGAUCACAGGCCUCAUAAAGACCUACAUCGAGGUUGUGAUACAGCCCUUGAAAAAAAUCAGGGCUACGUACCUGGGUGCCAUGGCUCUAACCAACUGGCCCAAGACGGAGGGGGUCAGGGUGACUGUCACGCUGGGGUCAGGAGAAAGCAACAUGAAAGGCCAGUGCAGUGCCAGCCAGCUACAGGCCAUGCACGUCCUGCCCUUGGCCAGCAACCUCCAGUGUCACACGCAGUUCAGCAACCCCGAGGUGACGCACGUCACAACGCAUGCGGCGUUCAGCGUCUCGCCCGCGUUCGACGUCGCCAACGGGCACUACACGUGCGACGUCUCGCCGUUGCCGCUCGCCGACGCCGGGCGGCAGAAGUCUCUGAGCGUCGCCGCCACAAGCGUGCACGUCUGGGCGACCGUGCGCGAAGCUUCCUGCGGCGGCGACGGCGUGGGCUGCGGCGGUGGCAACGACGGCGGGGGCGGCGCGACUGCCCACGGCACCGCCGUGGCCGUGGUGCCGUUCUUGCCGGCGUUCUACGUGGAGCCGCGGGAGGUGGUACUCUCCGGGCGACAUGCUGCAGCGUUGUUCACCGUGCACGCCACCGAGGAGGCGCUGCGCUACCUGGAGGUGAGCAGCAACAAGCCGUUCGUGCUGGUGCAGCGCAGCAGCUUGGGUAGCAACUGGGUGCAAUUCUCAGUGCAGCUGACGGACGACAACACCGCCCUGCGCCACGUCAACGGGGAGGAGGUGGCAGGGCCGAUGUCCGAGGCUGUCCCCGUGGUCUCCGUGAGCUGCUCUGCCACGGGGCAGCGGCAGGAGCUGCAUGUUCACCUUGCGGUCGCCGGUGACGCCACCGCCGCGGCAUCGCUGUCCAGUGAGCCUGCUCAUGAGGGCUCAUUUCAGCACCUGAUGAAGGGCCACCAGAACUUCCUGCUCAUCCUCUUCCUCAUCCUCUUGAGUGUUGCCCUCGCCAUCAUCGUGUACUACUCAAUGGUGGCACCGGGGCAGUCUGUGCAGCACCCGGCCUUCCUGCCACGUGGAGCGUCUCCCCUCCACAACAACUCCCCCGCCACCCCUCUGUCGCCAUGGCGCUCCGAUUCUCCCGAGAGCCCCGCCUCGCUUCGAUCCAGCCCCAACAAGCGACUGUGGAGCACGGAGACCGCGGACUACCUGCACCGGCGUAGUUAACCAGGCGCUGGCCACGGGGCCGCCAGCCGCCAACAACGCACUGCACCACCGGGAUGACUCCUGCACGAUCAGGCACAACUGCAGUCCCUACCACCACCACCACAGCACCAGCCUCCUCGACCCACCCGACACCCAAUGGCAGAGCCAGCACUCAUCCACGGCACUCACACACAGGCACUUCGUGAGCUUUCCUCACUUAAUGGUAAUUGAAUAGUAUUGUGUUUCUUUAUGCGAGUCGCGAUUAAGGCAAUGCGAACAUCGCAGACUGUGCUGGCCGGGCGGUCAUAUAUUUGCAGCUGAGGGCUGCACUUCCAAAAGCACCUGGACUCUUAACUGCUACUCUCAGGUUACAUGGGAGUUGGUCACAUGGCCAGAAGGCUGGUCACAUGGUGGACCGGAGAAAAUGUGAUAACGCGGAACGACCGAUCCAGGUUAUUCCCACAUUGUUCCACCGAGUACCAACGUUCUACCGAAGGUCAGUAUUUUCCCCUCUUAUACGGAAAAUUACUGAUGUGUAUAUAUUUUUUUUACUGAAAAAUAGAAUUACAUGAAUAAUGUUGCGUAUAUCACUUCUUCGAGCCAUGCAACUGUUGCUUUGCGAAUGCUUUGUUUUGUUUAAGCAACGUUAAAUGCUUAUCAAAAUUGGCUUCCAACGAUAAUGCUGCCACAUAAGUGUGCUUUGGUUUUCUUAUGCAUGCUCUCUUAAUAUUGUUUCAAGAUUUAUCUUUCUUUUGAAGUGUAUUUAAUCAAACCUGUGAAUUCGGCUUCACAGUACCAUUCAGGUUGUAGGAUUUGGAACUGUGACAUGUAUUGCAAAAAGAGCCUUACCUAGCGAACCGCUGGUGCCUCAAUGCUAUUGUUUAGCACAAAUUGUGUUUUAAAAAUAUCUUAAUUGCGUUCCACAGUGAGGCUUUCCUGGGUAAACAUGUAUAAUAACAGUAAAAGCUAUGAAGCGCAGGGUUCCAUUAAUACAAUUGCGAAAUAAUACCAUGUGGUUCUACAGAAUUUGUGUGCCACAGGUGGCCGGCAGCUGUUAUUGGAAUAGUCGGGCAUUUAGGCUUUUCUCCUUGUGUAUCAGAAAUCUAAACAUAAAUCGGCUCUAGAAUAAGCGUUGUACUCCCGCCUAGUACCACAUUUUAUAGCCACCAGGCAUGUUACGAUGCAUCGAGUCAUAAAUUAAUACAAAUUAUGUUAAUUAAUCAAGCAUUGAAUCGAUUACUUUUUGGGAUGAUUAAAUGAUCCAGCGGUAGCGCACUUGCCACUUUUUGACGAGGUUCCCAGUUCAAGCCCUGGUUGAUAAUCGGGUGUAUUAUAAAUAAGCACCGUCUGCUUCACAGCGGAUGUUAAUCGAUCCCGUUAUUUGAGAGUAGGCCAUGUGUGCCAACAGCACCAUUCCAAAUUUGCCAAAUUUGAAAAAUUACCUGCAAAUUGUUCAAUUGGGAAACAGGCAAUCAUUGCCCCCACUAUGAAAUUACUGGAGACCUUGUCUGUUAAACAUGCCAUCAUUAUAGCCUUGCGCUAUAAGAAUGUUGCAAAUACCAAAUGUACUAAUUGCAUUUAUUUGGCACUGAAAGCACCAUCACAUUAAUACUCAACAUAAACACUGAAAAUUCUAUACAAUGAUAAAAAUAGAUUGUUUCUUCUUUUAAGUUAUAUGCAGAUGAUUUGCUGUUACAUUUUGACUUACGGAUUUAGAGCAAAAAACGCUUAUAUUGUGAAAUAAUACACGUGAAUGUAAGAACCUUACGAAAUAAUCAAUGCCAAAAUCAAAUGGCGGCCUCCCGUUACUCGUUUCAUUUCAAGGAAUAGCUGGGCGGUACAUCACUAAACGCCUGUUGACCACAUGGUAUAGAAACCUUGGACCCCCCCCCCCCACUGCUUCUCUCCCGCUGGAGCCGAGACAUAGCCCCGGUGUGUGACUCUGCAGGGAUUGCGAUGGGCACUGGACCACUCCUAAAGCUGCACGCUACGUAAGCAGCGAAUGUGAAGGAUUCUGAGUGGUAACUGGUGGAACGCUGGCUCCCUCGCAAAGAGCCAUUUGCACGCCAGGGACCAGCUCUACCAUAAAACACCCAGGGCUUAACGUCAGCCUAGUCUGCUGUCUGGAAUGCCACAUCCGGUAUGUGUGGCCACAUGCGGUAUAUAGACUUCUUGCUACGGCUGUGUGGCUGCUUUUGUCACACGUCAGUCUAUCGGUGACUCGGAAAAUAUUCAGUGGGUACCAAAGUUUUGCAUAAACCAAUCCAGGUAUCCCUCGAUUUACGAAAGGGAUGCGUUCUUCAGAAAACACGCAAAAACUGAAAUUUCGUGAAUCGUAAUGGCUUUUUCUAUUAGAUAAAAACAAUUAGGGGUGUGUUUCGGACAGUCAUUCCAAACACUUUUCACAAUACAAAAAAAAUAAAGAACAUGCAUUUUAAAACGAUUGAAUAAUUUAAAACAAAAAUAACCUUUUCGGGGAACUCUCCAAAACAUCUGCAUGUUGAAAAGACUGAAAAGGUGACGUUGAGGCGUUACUGUUGCACUGUGGAUAUACCGUGACGUCGCGGAUGAAUGACGCAUUCUCCCAGGUUCUUCUUGUUUGGUGUCAUGGCGCGUGCCAUGUGAAAUUUCGUUUAUGCGGAAAUUCUAUUUCGUUAAUAGAAAAGUGUCCAUAAUUUGUCCAUUGUGUGAACGCGAAAUUUUGUAAACCGAGCGUCUGUAGAUCGAAGGAUACCUGCCCCAUGUUGAGGAUUCAGAGCGAUUGUAGAGGUGACAUUGUGUGUGUGCACUGUGCUUUAGGCAAAACUGAUGACAGCCCUUGGAUAAAUGGGGCAGCCAAAGAUGCCAACUCCCCGUGAGUCAUGCCAGGUCCAAUGAUGUGGACCUAGCAUGGCUAACAAUACACCAGGCAUCCCCACUUCCAGCUGUCCACACUGAGCCUUGGUUGGACUGUUAGUUGAGACAGCAGCCCCCGUGCAUGUAUGAGCUGAGAAAUGCUGCUGUUCUGACAAUGUGUUGCAGCCAAUCGGUAGCCCUAACCCCAAACCCUAUACACAUAACUCGCAGGGGCUAUUAUAAGGAAAUGUUAACAUUGGCAAUGGGGCUCUGUCAUGUAUUAAAUGCGUUUAGUAUUUGGCAACAUAGCAUUUACAGUGUACAGGGCAACAUUUACAGUUUGAAAUGGAGAAAUAGUUUUUGUCAUCACUUGGCGUUAAAAUCGGCCUUGGAUGCUCGGUUACGUUAAACCCAUCGCCACAACAAAUGCUCAUGAGCCCCACUGCCAAUUGUGAUCGAUGCCAGCGGUAUUUUUGACGACAGCUUUCAUGAUGAUGAGCAAUACAGGUGGCGAGCACAGUGUUAUCGCCCACGGGCCUCAGAUUUACUGUGAAUUUGCAAGUAUGAUGCCGGGUCUAAUCAUCACCUCGACAGGAUUCCAGGGUGAGAUGUACACACCUGUUGUUUGAGCUGCUCGCCACUCGUGUGUAUAUGUGGAAGUACGGAGUGUUGUUUGCUCAGGGACAUUGGCCUGUGUGAUUCACCACUGUAAAAAAAAAACAUUCAUUUUUGGCAGCUGUUAUUCUUAGGUGAUUGUUUUUAAAUGUUGGGAGAUGACCAGUAAAGAGCUUUGGAAUAUCUGC